AUGGAAUUCUGUGGUACAUCAAUCGGCAAUCGCAUUGUUGGUGGCACACAGGUUCGCCAAAACAAAUAUCCCUGGACAGCCCAGUUGGUAAAAGGUCGCCAUUAUCCGCGUCUCUUCUGUGGUGGCUCUUUGAUUAAUGAUCGCUAUGUGUUGACUGCUGCCCAUUGUGUCCACGGUAAUCGUGAUGAGAUAACAAUCCGCUUAUUACAAUUGGACAGAUUAUCCCGGGAUCCUGGCAUUACCAGAAAGGUUGUCCGGACCAUUGUCCAUCCCCAAUAUAAUCCCAAUACAAUUGUCAAUGACGUUGCCUUGUUGAAAUUGGAAUCCCCUGUAACAUUUAAUGAUGAAAUUCGUCCCGUAUGUUUGCCAGAUGCAAAUCAAACCUAUGAUGGAAAAAAUGCGAUUGUUGCCGGUUGGGGUCUAUUGAAGGAGGGUGGUCAAACAUCGAACUAUUUGCAAGAAGCCACCGUUCCAAUUAUUUCCAAUCAAGAAUGUCGUCUCACCAGAUAUAAGAACAUAAUUCAAGAUGUUAUGCUAUGCGCUGGCUUGGUGAAAUCGGGCGGCAAGGAUGCCUGCCAAGGUGACGGUGGUGGUCCAUUGAUGGUUAACGAGGGUCGUUUCGCAUUGGUUGGUGUUGUUUCAUUUGGCUAUGGCUGCGGCCAGGCUAAUGCUCCCGGUGUUUAUGCUCGUGUUACCAAAUUCUUGAGCUGGAUUAAAACGAACACCAAGGAUGGUUGUUACUGCAGUGCUUAAUUCACAUAUGGAGAUAUAUGAAUCAAAGCGAAUUGCCAAAAUUUAUAAUUUAUAAACUAUAACACGUAUUUCCAGAUUUCUCAGUAUUGUGUACUCUUGCAGUUCGCCCAACGUUAUCAUAUCCUCAACACCAUUCUGUGAUGUCAAAUGCAUUGCCUUGACAAUAUCUGCAUUUUGUACCCAAUACUGUUUGCC